CAGUAGUGUACAUCGUCGAGUAGGCAUCAAUCGUAUUUUUCUCCUUGUGGGUUCGAAUUUUGUUCUGGUCGCCAGAUCCUUCGGUUUUGGCACAUUGCACUGUCGCAGAUCCAUGAGUGCGGACUACGGCUAUGACCAAUCCCGAACCCGCUCCUCCAAGGCCCCCAGCGGGGUUCAUCGGAAUUCAUCCCACUCGCCUGGAUUGCGAUAUCUUUAGGAGGAAGGACUUCAAGCAAUAGAUUAAAUGAUAUUCUGUCGCUCUGUCGAUCUCGAGGGGCGCCAGCCCGGCUGCCCUUUUCUAACGCCAAAUUCUCGACUAUGCAAAGCAUUCGCUUUCCGAUCACGUCUACGAUGAGAUAAGCAACCAAUUGUGAUCAAGAAAUUUGCUUGAAUCAAACAUAGUACCGUCAAAGGAAUAACCAGAGUAAUUUAUGUCUAUCGCAUUGAAUCUAAAGUUUACUAGCCCUUAUUUUGGGCUUUCAUCUCAUUCUGAAAUGAAACUACGCGGGCUCUACCCUGCUUUGGGAGUGAAGUCGGGCUUUUCUGAACACAUGUGGAGUGAUAGGCCAGUGUAUCAUGCAGUGGCGCCGCCUAUUACAAGUUUGCAUAUCGCGCGAAUUUCAUUCGACGACGGCGCAGUAGUAGAAUUCCCCUUCGAAGCCGGUGCCAUUGGCGCAUUCGCCCUCCAACGUCUUCUCUCGCGCGGCUUCAUCAGCCUCAACACUACAUCUCCAGAAUCGCCGCCGCUGGUCUACUAUCGCACUUUCAGCAAUCCGCUGGAUGUCUCUUUGGCCAUAUCUGCGCUUCGUUAUUCCCGGAAACUGAAUGACCAGCGUGCAGUCGCUGGCUUUGCGCCUGUCGAAUUGGCGCCUGGCAAUAAUGUAACCGACGAUGCAGCACUGGAAGCUUUCCUAAGAGACCGCGCAAUGGCGCCGACUUUUGGGCAUGCGAGUGGUUCGACUAGUAUGCUGCCAGAAGCGCUCGGGGGUGUGGUUGGGCCUGAUCUGAGAGUCUAUGGAACAAGGAGACUAAGUGUUGUAGAUGCGGGUAUUAUGCCUUUUAUUCCUGCGACGCAUCUAUGCACUACAGUCUAAGCGGUUGCGGAGAAGGCAGCCGAUUUAAUCAAAGCAAGAACAAACUGGUAAGAGCACAACCCGACGUAGUU